CACUCUUCAGUCAUUCCUCCCAGUCUUGUACCUUUUCAAACAUCAACGCCAUCAACGCCACCCACCAAUCCAGGCUACUUCGUCUUUUUACACGCCGUCAAAAUGAAGUUCGCAGUGUCCCAAUCGAUCCUCCUCCUUCUAGCUCCCUUCGCUCUAGCUCUCCCAACAGGAGGAGAAUCCUCAACUAUCACUCCAAAGGGCUAUACGGUGCCAGGGAGUAACUGCAGGGAGUUCCGUGGCCAGAUCAUCUGCGCUCGCGAUGAGGAUGCUCCCGCGGAUGUUGAGAAGCGUGGCUACACCGUCCCGGGCAGCAACUGCAAGGAGUACCGUGGCCAGAUUAUCUGCGCCCGCGAUGAGGACGCUCCCGCCGAUGUUGAAAAGCGUGGCUACACGGUGCCAGGGAGCAACUGCAAGGUGUUCCGCGGCCAGGUGAUCUGCUCUUAA